UGCCGAGUGGGUCAUCGACAUCGGAUCCGUGUCAAUCUGACGGGUCGCCAGAUCCCACAUGUACUCCCAAGAUGCGGGAAGAGGGCUGCCACAAGGAACUGAAGUACAUCAUCUUUGAGUCGUGCCUCCAGAGUCUCGUCAAGUGGUGUCACUGUCCAGCCUGUGGCAGCCAGGACAUAAGCCCUUCUUGGGAUUUGAACGGUACACAGCUGACCAUGACUAUACAAUGUGCAUCAUGUGACCAGAGGAGUAGGUGGAGCAGCCAGCCAAACAUUGGCCCUUAUGCCGUGGGCAACAUCCUGCUAUCUGCUGGCAUCCUCUUUGCUGGCGCAUCUUCUGGCAAGGUGUUGCAAGUGCUGAACAGCAUCGGAGUGGUCACGUAUGUGAAGAGAACAUUUUUCAACCACCAGGAGCUCAUUCUGCAGCCAGCCAUCAAAAAGGUGUGGGAGGCACAGCAACUGACGCACCUCACCAUGCUGCAGGUGGAAGGCCGACCACUCGUCCUUGGUCACAGCGCCAAGUUCGGUACCUACACCACAAUGGAGCUUGAGGCCAAUGUGGUUCUCGACCUUCAGGUUGUACAGAGCAACGAAUGUCAUGACAGCUACCAUAUGGAGAUGGAAGGACUGAAGAGGAUGGUGGAGCUGCUGAUCAGCUGGGACCUGGAUGUCGGGGUGCUGGUGACAGACAGACAGACAGAUCGCUAAAUGGAUUCGCGAAAACAUGCCCAAUACACGGCACUGCUAUGACACUUGGCAUGUUGCAAAAUGUUAUUUGGAUUAUUUGUAUGCAUGACAAGUUGUGAAGUAGUGUGUACAUAUUAGUGAUCAGAUGAAUGCGAUAUUGUAUUUAAUCCACAAAUUUCAGCUUUUUUCUGUUUGUAGCCAUCGGGAAGAAACUGAAGGCCAUUCUCAAGCUCAAGGACUGUGAAGACCUGAAGCCCUGGGUGCUAAGUAUAAUCAACCACCUCUACUGGGCAGCAGUGUCUACACAGCCUGGAGAGGGGGAACUUCUGGUUGCCAAGUGGAAGUCUGUAGAGCGACACAUUCAGAACAUCCACAAGGACCAUGGCGACUUCUUCCCAAAUUGUGCUCAUGGACAACUGCACGGUAGAAGGCUGCAAAAGAAAUGGCUCAAACCAAGUGAGUAGGCAAAUAAGUUGCCCGAAAGCAGUGAGGGACUAGCAGUAUUUUCCUGCACAUCUUUUGAAAGUCAAAACAUUCAGAUAAACUUGUUCACGCUCAGCAGUGAAACUGGAGGAGGUGGUCAACAACAAGUCCCUGCUGAAAGAUAUCACCAUGCUGUCGGGUGAACACCAGACUUCCAAGGUGGAGGCGUUCCAUAGCCUUAUCAUACAGUUCGCACCGAAAAUGUAUGUCUUCUCAUACAUCGGAAUGCUGUGCAGGAACCUGCUUGCUGGGUGGGCUGCACUGGAAUGAAAACUCGAGCCGCCCUAUAGCCACUACACAAGCGGGUGCUGAGUGCUAUGCAGUACGCUACCCGAAGUAUAAAGCAGGGGGCCAUGUGGUCAAGAAAAUCGCGACAGAGCCAACAUACCGCUACGUAGAUGACUUGAUCAGGGAGGUUGUUGCUGGCUGCAGACAGACCCCUGACGAGAGAACACCAGUCAGCGUCACCGUGGAUGUGCCUCCCUUCCUCUGCGAUGAACUGGAGAAGCCAGACAAGGAAGAAGACAUCGCCAAGCACAGGAGUCGCUUCGCUAAGCGUUAACUACAGUGGCCAUGUGGAUUCUGUUGCAGUCACUGCACGUCUUGGAACGCCGUGUAGUCCAUCGAUGGAAAUGUUGUUCUAAUCUUAUGUACGACACAAGCUGGUAGUGCCACCCUUAUCUCCUUUCCCAGAUAUCCCCAGCAGAAGCGGACAAACUGUCGAUAUGCUGUGUAUCGUCUCCGCCUGCAAGUACAAAAUAGUUGAUAGCAAAUUAUGGCACCUGUUAUUAUCCGGACAUGGAUACACAGUGACUCACUGUUCUGAGAUGCAAAAGACAUUGUCAUGCAUUCUAUUCAUUUGUCAUUUACUGUUGCAGUAAAUUGUAAAUAUUGUUGACAUCUACAGUCCAUGUAUGUAAUACUUCUAUGAUAUAUAAUGUCAUGUACAUUGUAGCACAGUACAUUUCACAGAAUAAGAAUAAGAUAAGAAAGUGCUCAUUCUGACUUAUCUUCCAAAGGUUGAUAGAAUAAAGAAUGAUUUAAACUUAUUAGUGCCCCACUCAUUUUGCUGUUGCUGCAGCACGCCAUAUUGCUGUUUGUAGGCGUAAUACGCUGUCUGCAGCACCCAUUCAUCCAGACACACAGAUUGAAAGCCAGGGUGGUCUAUGAUGCACGUCUCCACCCCUUCCUGCUCCAUU